AUGCUCUCAAACUUGGCCACUAGUGUCUCCUUCAAUGACUCGGCCCAUCUUUCCAGAAGCAUCGAUCGCGUCGCGAAAUCGUCAUUGUACAAGGAAUACAUAGAUGGUGUGAUUUCAGAGGCAACUCUGGCGUUGCUGCCUGAAAUCAUCGAGGGCAGGAAGGGCGAAGUCAACAAGAUUAUUAGACGACGGCGGGUUUCUAGUUCUCCUCCAAAUUAUGACAAUGAAUGGGAUGUGCUGUUAGCUGCGAUGAAUGAUGUUACAGUUGAUAUAGAUGCUAUUACCCGGCAGAAAGAACAGCUGAAGCAUGCAGUUGUGCGCCAAAUGGCUGCAGACCUUCCUUAUCCUCCUCCAGGUUAA